GAUCGGGGGCGGCUGCUGCAGAGCGGCCGGGAGGAGGGUGGGUCUCCCCAGAGCGGAGCGCAGGAGUCCUCCUCCUCCGCCGCCCAGGCCGCCGCCGCCCUCCCGACUCCCGCCGCGCUCCGCGCGGAACUCCGAGCGCAGUGCCGAGCGCGGUCCGAUCGGCGCAGCCGAGGCCCGAGAGCCCGUGGGGCGAGCCGCUCGCGGGGCAGAUUCUUCUUAAUCCUCUGAAGACUCUGGGAAACAGGAUGGCCGCAAAUAAACCCAAGGGUCAGAAUUCUUUGGCCUUACACAAAGUCAUCAUGGUGGGCAGUGGUGGUGUGGGCAAGUCUGCCCUGACUCUGCAGUUCAUGUAUGAUGAGUUUGUAGAGGACUAUGAACCUACUAAAGCAGACAGCUACCGGAAGAAGGUAGUGCUGGACGGGGAGGAGGUGCAGAUCGACAUCUUAGAUACAGCCGGGCAGGAGGACUACGCUGCAAUUAGAGACAACUACUUCCGGAGUGGGGAGGGCUUCCUCUGUGUCUUCUCUAUCACAGAGAUGGAAUCCUUUGCAGCCACAGCUGACUUCAGGGAGCAGAUUUUAAGAGUAAAAGAAGAUGAGAAUGUUCCGUUUCUCCUGGUUGGUAACAAAUCAGAUUUGGAAGAUAAAAGGCAGGUUUCUGUAGAAGAGGCAAAAAACAGAGCUGACCAGUGGAAUGUUAACUAUGUGGAGACAUCUGCUAAAACACGCGCCAAUGUUGACAAGGUAUUUUUUGAUUUAAUGAGGGAAAUUCGAGCCAGAAAGAUGGAAGACAGCAAAGAAAAGAAUGGAAAGAAGAAGAGGAAAAGUUUAGCCAAGAGAAUCAGAGAAAGAUGCUGCAUUUUAUAAUCAAAGCCCAAACUCCUUUCUUAUCCUGACCAUACUAAUAAAUGUAAUUUAUAAGCAUUGCCAUUGAAGGCUCAAUUGACUGAAAUUACUCUAACAUUUUGGAAAUUGUUAUGUAUCACUAAAAGCAUGAAUUGGAACUGCACUGGAAGUCAAAUUCACUUAAAAAGAAAUUGUGUGGCUUCACCAAGAAGCGAGCUCAACUUACUUCAUAAUUGCCUACAUUUAUCACAGUCCUGAAUGUAGCGUGUAAGCUUGUUUUUUUGGGGGGGGCGGGGGAAGCGGGGACAGUCUUUCUUGAACUGUUAAUCAAGAGGUGAGAUGGGGUGGGGUGGGAGGAAUGGCCACUUCCUCUGGUGUUUAUUAUAAAGCUUAAAUUUUAUAUUAUUUUAAAAUGUCUUGGUCUUCUACUGCCUUGAAAAAUGACAAUUGUGAACAUGUUAACUGUACCACUUUUUAAACUGUUGUUAUGCAAAUCUAGAAGAAGAAGUUACUGGCAUGGUUGUUGCAUAUAGUAAAACUGAGAGUAAUUCAUCUGUGAA